AUGCCUUUCCCGGUCCCGGCGAGGUCGGCGGGGCGCGCGGUGGCCCUGGUGCUGCUCCUGCUCCCCGCGGUGCCGGCGGCCGCCCCGCCCAUCCUGCUGCAGCCCAGCAUGCCCCACGUGUGUGCGGAGCGGGAGCUGACCCUGGUGGCCCGACGCCAGCCCUGCGUGCGGGCCCACAGCCGCACGGCGUCCGUGUGGAAGCCGGCCUGCGGGCAGCAGGCCUGGUGCAUUGGCCAGGAGCGCAGAACCAUCUACUAUGUGGCUUACAGGCAGGUGUACGCCACCGAGGCCCGCACUGUGUUCCGGUGCUGUCCGGGGUGGAGCCAGCAGCCCGGUCAGAAGGGCUGCCUCUCUGCUGAAUGCACCCCCGGCCUCUGCUUCAACGGCGGCCGCUGUGUGCCAGGCUCCGCUCCGCUGUGCCGCUGCCCCGGAGGCUUCCGGGGUCCCCGCUGCCAGUACGAUGUGGACGAGUGUGCCUUGGACAACGGGGGCUGUGAGGGCCCGUGCUGCAACACCGUGGGGGGCUUCUACUGCCGCUGCCCGCCCGGCCGCCAGCUGGGGGGCGACGGCAAGACCUGCCAAGAUGUGGACGAGUGUCGCUCGCACAACGGCGGUUGCCAGCACAGGUGUGUGAACACCCCCGGCUCCUACCUCUGUGAGUGCAAGCCCGGUUUCCGACUCCACACGGACGGCAGGACCUGCCUGGCCAUCAGCUCCUGUACCCUGGGCAAUGGCGGCUGCCAGCAGCAGUGCGUCCAGCUCACAGCCACGCGGCACCGCUGCCAGUGCCGGCCCGAGUUCCAGCUGCAGGAGGACGGCCGGCGCUGCGUCCGGAGAAGCCCGUGCGCGGACCGCAACGGUGGCUGCAUGCACACGUGCCAGGGGCUCCGUGGCCUUGCCCACUGCGGGUGCCACGCCGGCUUCCAGCUCGCCUCGGACCGCAAGGCCUGCGAAGAUGUGGACGAAUGUGCCACGGGGCUGGCCCAGUGUGCCCACGGCUGCCUCAACACUCAGGGAUCCUUCAAGUGCGUGUGCCACGCGGGCUACGCUGGUGCCGACGGACGGCAGUGCUACCGGAUAGAGAUGGAGAUCGUGAACAGCUGCGAGGCCGGCAAUGGUGGCUGCUCGCAUGGCUGCAGCCACACCAGCACCGGGCCGCAGUGCACCUGCCCCCGUGGCUACGAGCUGGACGAGGACCAGAAGACGUGCAUCGAUGUGGACGACUGUGCGGACGCCCCGUGCUGCCAGCAGGCCUGCGCCAACACCCCCGGCGGGUACGAGUGCGGCUGCUACGCCGGCUACCGGCUCGGCCCCGACGGCUGCGGCUGCGAGGACGUGGAUGAGUGCGCCUCGGGCCGCGGAGGCUGCGAGCACCACUGCUCCAACCUGGCCGGCUCCUUCCAGUGCUCCUGCCGGGCCGGCUACCGGCUGGACGAGGACCGCCGCGGCUGCGCCCCCCUGGAGGAGCCCGUGGUGGACCUGGACGGCCAGCUGCCCUUCGCGCGCCCCCUGCCCCACAUCGCGGUGCUGCGGGACGAGCUCCCCCAGCUCCUCCAGGAGGACUACGGGCUGGAGGAGGAGGAGGAGGAGGCGGAGCUACGCGGGGAGCACCGGCUCGUGGAGAAGUUCGUCUGCCUGGGUGACUCCUUCGGCCACGACUGCAGCCUGACCUGCGAUGACUGCGGGAACGGAGGGGCCUGCCUCCCGGGCCGGGCCGGCUGCGACUGCCCCGAAGGCUGGACCGGGCUCGUCUGCAAUGAGACUUGCCCCCCUGACACCUUCGGGAAGAACUGCAGCUCGUCCUGCGGCUGUCAGAACGGCGGGACGUGCGACCCUGUGUCGGGGGCCUGCCGCUGCCCCCCGGGAGUCGGCGGGGCCCACUGUGAGGACGGCUGCCCCAAGGGCUUCUACGGAAAACACUGUCGCAAGAAAUGCCACUGUGCCAACCGGGGCCGGUGCCACCGCCUCUACGGGGCCUGCCUCUGUGACCCAGGGCUGUAUGGCCGCUUCUGCCACCUUGCCUGCCCCCCCUGGGCCUUCGGGCCGGGCUGCUCCGAGGACUGCCGCUGUGAGCGGGCCCACACCCAGUCCUGCGACCCGAGGCACGGCAGCUGCUUCUGCAAGGCCGGCUACCGGGGCGCGCGGGCCCCUGCAGAGUGCGAGCCGGGCUUCUUCGGGCUGGGCUGCCGGCACAGGUGCUCCUGUCCACCGGGUGUGGUCUGUGGCCCGGUGGGUGGCGAGUGCCGGAAGCAGUGCCCCCCUGGCUACCGGGGGGAGGACUGUGGCCAAGAGUGCCCGGCAGGGACAUUCGGCGUGAACUGCUCCGGUUCCUGCUCCUGUGUCGCCGCGCCCUGUCACCGGGUCACGGGGCAGUGCCUGUGCCCCGGGGAGGACCGGGAGGACUGCGGGGCAGAUUGUCCCGAGGGCCGCUGGGGGCUGGGCUGCCAGGAGAUCUGCCCUGCCUGCGAGCACGGCGCCCGCUGCGACCCCAGCUCCGGAGCCUGCCUGUGCCCCCCGGGCUUCGUCGGCAGCCGCUGUCAGGACGCGUGCCCCGCGGGCUGGUUUGGGCCCGGCUGCCAGCGGCGGUGUUCGUGUGCCAAUGACGGGCACUGCCACCCGAGCACUGGGCGCUGCAGCUGCGCCCCCGGCUGGACUGGCCUCCACUGCCAGCGAGCCUGCGACAGCGGCCACUGGGGCCCCGACUGCAGCCACCCGUGCAACUGCAGCGCGGCCCACGGGCACUGCGACGCCGCCAGCGGCCUGUGCGUGUGCGAGGCUGGCUACGUGGGCCCCCGGUGCGAGCAGCCGUGUCCGCAGGGCUUCUUCGGGCCUGACUGUGCGCAGCGCUGUCUCUGUGAGAACGAGGCAGCUUGUGACCACGUCAGCGGGGCGUGCACCUGCCCGGCCGGCUGGCGAGGGAGCUUCUGUGAGCGCACCUGCCCAGCCGGCUUCUUCGGGUUGGACUGCCUCGGCGCCUGCAACUGCUCCGCGGGAGCCGACUGCGACCCGGUGAACGGCUCCUGCAUCUGCCCCGCCGGCCGCUGGGGCCCCCGCUGCGCCCAGGCCUGCCCAGCCCUCACCUAUGGGCUCAAUUGCAGCCGCUGCAGCUGCUUCCACGGGGCCUCCUGCGACCCCGUCCACGGGCAGUGCCACUGUGCCCCCGGCUGGAUGGGGCCCACCUGCCAGGAGGCCUGCCCAGCCGGCCUCUACGGUAGAAACUGCCAGCACUCCUGCCUUUGCCGGAAUGGAGGGAGCUGCGACCCCCGUCGGGGGCCACUGCACCUGCGCAGAGGGCUGACUGGCCAGGCCUGCGAGAACGAGUGCCUCCCUGGACGCUUCGGAGCCGGCUGUCAGCUCAGCUGCGCCUGUCUGCACGGGGGCCUGUGUGACCGGCUCACCGGCCACUGCCUCUGCCCGGCCGGCUGGACCGGGGACAAGUGCCAGAGCCCGUGUGCCCAGGGCACCUUUGCUCACUGCGAGGAGCGCUGUGGCUGUCGGCGGGGAGCCGCCUGUCACCACGUCACGGGGGCCUGCCUCUGUCCCCCAGGAUGGAGGGGCUCGCGGUGUGAGCAGGGUGAUCUGCCGCCGGGCUGGUUUGGAGACGCCUGUGCCCAGCGCUGCGGCUGCUCGCCCGGGGCCCCCUGCCACCACGUCACCGGAGAGUGCCACUGUCCGCCCGGCCUCACGGGGCCUGGCUGUGCGCAGGCCUGCCGGCCUGGCACCUUCGGAGAGGGCUGCAGCCGCCUGUGCCGGUGUCCCGGCGAGAACUGGACCUGCCACGCCACCACGGGGACCUGCUCCUGUGCGCCCGGCUACCACGGCAGCCGCUGUCAGCACGGAUGCCCUCCGGGGCGCUACGGGCCGGGCUGUGUGCACUCGUGCGGCUGCCUGCACGGCGGCUCCUGCGACGCGGCCACCGGGGCCUGCGCCUGCCCCGCCGGCUUCCUCGGGGCGGACUGUGGCCUGGCCUGUCCAGGCCGCUUUGGCCCCAACUGUGCCCAGGUGUGUGCGUGUGGGCAGGGGGCGGCCUGUGACCCUGUGACCGGCGCCUGCCGGUGCCCCCCAGGGACCGUGGGCACCCACUGUGAAUCCGGGUGCCCCCCGGGCCAGUUCGGCGAGGGCUGUGCGCACCAGUGUGACUGCAGGAACGGCGGCGUGUGCCACGCGGCCAGCGGCCACUGCGCCUGCCCCCUGGGCUGGACAGGGCCCCACUGCGCGCACAGCCUGCCCCGAGGGCGCUACGGUGCGGCCUGCGGCCUGCGCUGCUCCUGCCAGAACGGGGCCCCCUGCGAGCCGGCCACGGGCACCUGCCGCUGCGGCCCCGGCUUCUACGGACAGGCCUGCGAGCACCCCUGCCCCCCCGGCUUCCACGGCCACGGCUGCCAGGGCGUCUGUGCGUGCCAGCGGGGGGCCCCUUGUGACCCGGUCAGCGGCCGCUGCCUGUGUCCUGCGGGCUUCCAUGGCCAGUUCUGCGAGAGGGGGUGCGAGCCGGGCUCCUUUGGAGAGGGCUGCGGGCAGCGCUGUCGCUGCGGCGGAGCGCCCUGCGACCCCGUUUCUGGCCUCUGCCUUUGCCCACCAGGGCGCACGGGAGCCGCCUGUGACCGGGAGUGCGGCGGGGGCCGCUUCGGGCCUGGCUGUGCCCUGCGCUGUGACUGCCGGGGAGGAGCCGACUGCCAUCCUGUCACCGGGCAGUGCCGCUGCGUGGACGGCCACACGGGGCCCAUGUGCCAAGAAGCGGCCACACCGGCAUCCUUCAACAGCACUGUGAAGAGCGAGCUGAGCGGGCCCCCCGGCCCGGAGCCCCACAGCCGGGCUGCAGCCUGAGCCCCGGCCCGGCCCCUGCGAUGCCUGUGGAUUUCUACCGAGAGUGGUGGACGGACAGACAGCUUCCUGAUCUGCCCCGGCCCCGAGACCUUGGGGGGGGGGCACAAGGGGGCCCCUCGGGUGGCCACGAGGUACCCAGAGGAGUCGAUUGGGCCUUGGGCCGCCCCAUCUGGGCCAGGAGCCUGGCAGGCUGUGCUGGGAAGGCCCCCCUCCCCCCCGGCCCGUGUGGUACGGGUGGGGCGGGGCCCCUCCGUCCCGGGAGGUCCUCGAGGUGCUGCCCUGGACUGCUGCAGCUGCCCGACGGCCACGGGGGGACCGCCGGCCUGUAUUUAUGUGGACGUAUUUAUGGGCAGCUCCCCGGAAGCCGGGACUCAGGCGCUGGAGCCCGCGGGGU